AUGGAUUUUGGGGGGAAGAAGUACGAGCGAGGCAGUAACUGGUCGGACCCCGAGGUGGUGGAGCUGCUGCAGCUCUGGGCCGACGAGUCGGUGCAGGUGGAGCUGGAGAGCUGCCUGCGCAACCAGCACGUCUUCAACCGCAUCGCCGAGGUGCUGCGGGAGAAGGGCAUCCACCGCACGGGAGACCAGUGCCGGGAGAAGAUCAAGAAGAUGAAGCUGGAGUACCGGCGGAUCAAGGACAACAGCAAGGCCCCGCGGGGCGGCCGGACCUGGAAGUUCUACGAGGUGAUGGACCGGGUGCUGACCAGCCGGCCCGCCCUGGCCUACGGGCCCCUGGGCGGCAGCGUGAUGGCUCAGCAGGUGCUGCAGGGCAGCCUGGUGGAGAGCUACCACCACCAGUUCGCCAGCCCGGCCCUGCCCUUCGGGCACUCCCAGCACCCCGAACUGAUGGAAAUCAAAUGUGAGGAGGUGAACUCUGAUGAGCACUGCUUGACCCCAGAGCCCCCAUCAUCCAUGUCUUACCAGCAGGGCUCCCCUGAAGAGCAUGAGAUGGAGAGAGCCUUCUUGGAGAGGGCCCAGAACGACUCUCCCAUCUCCAGGGUGGAGAUUCCCAUUGAAACCAGUGUUUCACCUUCAGGUUUCAGUGAGCCAAACAUGGCAAACUCCUCGCGGAUCCAGAACGUGGUUCCCCGGCCUGGCUUCUCCGCCCUGCACCGCUUGAGGAAAAAGCGGAAAGGCCAGCGUGUGAAGGACCCGCUUGAUGACCUGUUGCUGAAGACCCUCACGUCUCAGCGGGCCAUGGAGGAGCGCUUGCUGCAGAUGGAAGAGCGCCGGUUCCAGCGGGAUUUGGAUGUAGAGGAGCGGCGGAUGCAGCUGGAGCAGCGCCGGUUUGAACUGGAGAGGGAGCAUGAGUUUCGCAUGUUCAACGUCUUUGCUCAGAUGCUCAGCAUCCUGAAGCAGAGCCACAGCAGCUCCUCCUCUGUGUCGAUGCCUCAGGGCUUGGACUUCAGCCAGGCACUGUUUGAAAUUACAGGAACGGGAGGAGGAGGGGGCAGCCUGCAGGAGAUGAAGAGGAGGGUUAACAUGCACGGCUUCUGUAACCCCAGCAGCUUCCAGAGAAGCCCCUACCUUUCUGCUCGUGGUAACAUUGCCAGCAUUUUUUGUGGCUCCACUGAGGAAGGGUACAAAGCUUAUCAUGCUGACAAGUAUGAUGAAGACAAGAACCCAAAUGGUAUAAUAAACUUUGGCACCAGUGAGAAUAAACUCUGCUUUGACCUGAUGUCUAAGCGGCUGACACAGACUGAUAUGAAUCUGAUGGAGCCUCCACUGCUUCAGUAUCCUGAUUGGAAAGGACAUAUGUUCUUACGGGAGGAAGUGGCUCGAUUUUUGACCUAUUACUGCAAGGCCCCAGCACCUCUUAAGGCAGAAAAUGUGAUUGUUUUAAAUGGUUGUGGCUCUUUAUUUUCUGCAUUAGCUACAGUCCUUUGUGAUCCAGGGGAAGCUGUUCUGAUUGCUACUCCCUUUUAUGGUGGUAUUACCCAGAGUGUCUUCCUCUAUGGUAAUGUCAAGCUGGUGUAUGCCUAUUUAGACAGUAAGAUUACUGGAACAAGCACUCGGCCUUUUCAGCUUACAGUGGAAAAACUGGAAAAAGCCUUGCAGGAUGCCCGGGCAGAGGGUGUCACUGUAAGGGCCUUAAUUCUUCUGAAUCCCCAAAAUCCCCUUGGGGACAUCUACUCCUUGUCAGAGCUACAGGAUUAUCUGGAAUUUGCUAAAAGACAUGAAUUGCAUGUGAUAGUAGAUGAGCUCUACAUGCUGUCAGUUUUUGAUGAAUCAGCCACGUUUCACAGUGUCCUAGGCAUGGACAGAUUGCCUGAUCCACAGCGGACUCAUGUGAUGUGGGGAAUAAGCAAGGAUUUUGCUGUCUCUGGGAUUCGUUUUGGUACUUUAUAUACAGAGAACCAAGAUGUUGCUAAUGCAGUGGCUUCUUUGUGUUACUUCCACGGGGUUUGUGGACCUGUUCAGCACAAGGUUGCACAGCUGCUGAGAGACAGAGACUGGAUCAACCAGGUGUACCUGAGGGCCAACCAUGCCCGCCUAAAAGCUGCCCAUACUUAUGUGACAGAUGAGCUGAAGACACUUGGGGUUCCUUUUCUCAACCGCAAUGCAGGCUUCUUUGUCUGGAUUGAUUUCCGAAAGUACCUUAGGACAGCCACAUUUGAGGAGGAGCUGCUGCUAUGGAGGCGUUUUCUGGAUAACAAGGUCCUCCUGUCCUGCGGUAAAGCCUUUGAAUGCAGUGAACCCGGGUGGUUCCGCAUCAUCUUUGCUGACAAGACCCACCGGCUACAGUUGGGUAUGCAACGGAUCCGCAAGGUUUUGGAAGAAGCGGGAGCAGGAGAUACUGGCAGAGGAGAAGGAGCAGCCUUGUCAGUCAGAUCAGGAUGGCAAAGCAGACAGCACAGAUGAAGUAAUUUUUGUGUCCCGCCACCAGGAGCCUAGCUGUGCCAGUACCUCCAACCUUGGUGACCUCAUUGGCCUCCUGCAGCAACAGAUGCGUUCAUCUGACUGGCUACAGAAAAACACAGCCGAGCAGUUUGCACAGGAAAAGCCAGAGAUGUACGAUGUGUUCAGCAAACUGGUGGGGAAGCAGUAGGGUCAGUGUGACUUCAGGGGGUUUCCUGAGCAGUGACUGACCCUGGGCCCCCGAGAGCUCAGCAGUGAUUUCCAGCAAAUAAUAUAUUUUCUGUAUAGCAAGAAAAUAACUUUAUAAAACCACUCCUCUCACCCUGUUUGAGAUCUCUAAUUUGUAUUAUGUAAGUGCAUUCCUUGGAUUGGGGUGAGGGUAGGGAAUGGUGGGGGUCUCGUCUGCCUGCUGCCCCGUUUCCUGCCGCAUCAUUGUAUUUUGUAUUUCGUUUCUAAUGAAUAUGC